AGGCCUUAUGGGGUUGGGUCAAAACGUACUAGCAAGGGGCCAAGUCCAAGACCAGCUUUCCUACCUAUCUUAUUCUAGACUAUAAAUGACCAACACCAACCGCACCUCCAACCCUCAAUUUCUCUCACUUCACUUCACAUUCUACUCCCCACGUUAUUGCUUUACAAUCAAUAAGCAUGAAUGUGUAUAGAGCUCAAAUGUCUUCCUGUUACUUCCAUCCCAAAGAACUAGUGGUGGGUGUCUGCGCUUUGUGCUUAAACGAGAGGCUUCUUAUCUUGGCGUCCAAACGAGGUCCCCAUCGCCACCAUUCUUCAGCCCCAACCUGCCGGAAAACUCCCAUCAACCUCUCUAAGAUCUUCGCUUUUACCUCUUUCAUCACCCGUUUCGAAUUCCGCCGUUGGAAGCCGGAAAACUCGGCCGAUAAAGCCUCCACCAGUCAAGAAGACUCAUUCAUCUCAAUCAACUUUGGGAAAAAUGGAGUUGGGUCAUGGGAACAGAACAAGGUCUCAGAGGUGUUCCUGGAGAAGAACUGUAGCCUGUCAUGGAAUCACCACUUGACCAAAGACUCCAAGGAGACCAAGACUGUGAUAGAGCAUGGCAAGCCCCGUGCCUCACUUAGGUGGCGGAAGCGGAUCGGCCAUCUAUUCCAGCUCAUCAGAAGGAAAAGGCCCAACAAAGGGACAGUCUGCCACGUGGAAGGAGUCAAGACAAGAAAAGGCUGGAUAAAAACUCUGACAAGGUCAAGGAAUUCUGAAUAGGCAUAAAGGAAAAUCUAUCCCUGAAUUGGAAUUCAAAUAUGAUAUGUAAAAAGAUUCAAGUCUAAUCAAUAACGUUUUUUUAAA